GCGUCCUUGUCACCAGACGAGCGCCAUGAGACGAGCGCCAUCACACGGGAGGCUCUGGGCUGCAGCGAUAUAGUUUUGGAACUCUCCUGACAUCCACGUUAACGUGCCUGAAUGGUUGCCAAGAUAUUUCAACUGCCGUCCAACUGGCUAGAAUCGUCGGUAAUAUUUAGGAAUUAACCGAGCAAUGACGCUUCACUGGAGACCUUUCCGGGACCGGUUUCUGUCAGGACUAAAAUUGUUGCUGAAAAUAGUCUGGAGGGGAUAAAGCAACGAGAAGCAGCAUGAAGGUGUGACAACAACUAACAAGGUCUCUCUCCCUCCCUCUCUCCCUUUCCCGGCUGCCGUGAACUGAAGUGGGAGACGAGAGAAACAUUAACGGCAGGAGGAGACACGGUGGGAGGAUGAGGAGGGAGAGAGGAAGGCAGGGCGUCUGGCGGAGAUGAGAGUAUUUAUAGGUGGAGGCAUGAGGAGGUAGAACGGCAGCCGGAGGGAGGAGAGAGGGAGAUACAAAGAGAGGAGGAGAACCCAGACACAAUAAGAAGGAGACAAAGAGGAGGAGAGGAGGAGCGAGGCACCAUGCUGAGGAGGAAGAGGAGCGUGUCGUUCGGAGGCUUCGGCUGGAUUGAUAAGUCGACGGUCAGCGCUCUGAGAGCUCGCAAACAGGAGCACUUAUCCACCUCCAAUGUUCCUGUGGCAGACUGUCCCCCCUCCCCACCUCGAACCGCACCCCCCACCAUGAAGUCGGCUCAUUUCUUCGACAUGAUGGACAAAAUGGAGCAGGUUCCAGAAGCUGCCGAGAUGAAGACGAUCCCUCAGAGACAGAAGGACGACUACAUUCCUUAUCCGAGGAUAGAGGAGGUGUUGGAGAGGGGGGCGCCUUACCCUCAGGUCAUCCUGCCUCAGUUCGGAGGUUACUGGAUCGAGGACCCCGAGGCUCCUCCUCCCACCUCCUUAGAGAGUAGGGCUGAGGAGGAGGAGGAGGAUACACCCCGAGGGGAUUAUGGGUACCAGCUGGAAGAGAUCAAUGAGGCUGCACGGGCGUACAGGAAACACUUUCUGGGCAGGGAGCAUCUCAACUUCUCCUGUUCAGCCAGCAGUCUGGGAAAUCUGCUGCUGUCAGUGAGACACGAGGAGGACAGGGAACAGGAGCACCUUCACGUCAUCAUCAGGUCACGGGUGAAAAGUGUCUACCACAGAUUAUCGCUGUCAGAGCUGCCGGACAUUCCGAGUGUACCAGAGCUGGCCAAGCUGCUGUGCGAUGAAGCAGCAGGACUGCGAUUCACUCCUGUCCUCUACCCGAAGGCGUCUCGGCUCAUCGUGAACUACGACGAGCACGACGUCAACAACACCUUCAAGUUUGGAGUCAUUUACCAGAGAUUUGGACAGGUGUCUGAGGAGGACCUCUUUAGGAACAAUGAGGAGACGCCAGCCUUCACAGAGUUCCUGCAGCUGUUGGGAGACACAGUGGAGCUGCAGGACUUUAAGGGGUUUCGGGGGGGUCUGGACGUGUCUCACGGUCAGACAGGGUCUCAGUCCAUCUACACCGUCCACCGACAGCAGGAGAUCAUGUUCCAUGUGUCUACUAAACUGCCCUUCACUGAGGGAGAUGCUCAGCAGCUGCAGCGGAAGCGUCACAUAGGAAAUGACAUCGUGGCGGUGGUGUUUCAAGAAGAGGCCACGCCCUUCGUCCCCGACAUGAUCGCCUCUAACUUCCUCCACGCCUUCAUGCUGGUGCAGGUGGAGGAGCCCUGCUCCGACAACACCUCCUACAAGGUGUCCGUCACAGCCAGAGAGGACGUACCGCCGUUUGGCCCGCCCCUUCCAAAUCCAGCUGUCUUCAAGAAGGGUCAGGAGUUCAGAGAGUUUCUUCUCACCAAACUCAUCAACGCAGAGCUGGCCUGCUACAAGAGCGACCGAUUCGCCCGGCUGGAGGAGCGAACUCGGGCCGCCCUACUGGACAGCCUCCAUGAUGAGCUGCAAAGACGCUCCCAGUGCAUGCUGGGAUUGAUGUCGGGUCUGGAGGAGGAGGGCCGGGCGGAGAACGGACACGCCCACGGAGGACUGCUGGAGUCCAUCAAGAGGGCGAUGCGAGGGCGGAGCGUCUCCAUGGAAACCAUGUCGCGGGGCGGGGCCGGACUUCCCACCAGCCUGAGUGGAGGCGGUCUGGCUCACAUCAGCGCCGAGUACAACGUGAAGUCUCCCGUGAAGAGGCGUUCGGGGCUUUUCCCUCGUCUGCUGAGCGUCGACAGCCAAACGGAGAAACACAACCACAGGAGUCUCCUCAGCGAGCAGAGGAGCUUCGACGGCUGCCACCCGAUGCUGGAGGUGAGGUCAGAGGUGCCGUCCAAUCCCAGCUCUCCGGAGGCGGGACAGCGGGACAGGAUUCACAUGAAGAAGGAGAGCAGUAAGAUUUCCAGGUCGACCUCCAGCACCUGCAGCUUCAGCAUCCCGGCCGACGACACUCACCUGCUCAUCCAAGCCGCCGAGGCUCAGAGCUCCAGUCCGCUGAUCGUCUGUCGCAGCCCAACAGGUCCAGUAAAACCUCCGGUGAACAUUCCACUCGUCUGUUUCUGUUUUAAUGAGUCUGUUUCCUUCCUUCACAUCCAGACACGAGAAAUAAAAACUCUCCCAGAACCAACCUCAAGUUCCGUUUCGACAAACUGAGUCACUCUACACAGGGACAGUAAGCUGUGAGGACGGCAGUGGGAGGAUAUAAUCCAAGGUUCAGCAUCGACGUAAAUCUGUAGAUCACACACACGUCUUUCUAUCCUUAUGAGGACCGUAAUGUGAAACUCUGCUCCCCUUUCUGCAGAACUUGUCUAAUUUUACAUUUAAAUGUCAAUAACAGCUGAUGGCUCCACCUGAAGAAAACACUAAAAAAUCAUCCAUUUAUUGACCUCAGUGAAAAUAUAGGGCAGCGGAAACACAAUUUACUUUGACAAAGUGCACUUUUCUCUCAUUUUACAGGAAACCUACUGAAAUAUGAAUCAUAAAACUGUUUUAAUUUGACAUUUUGCAAACAUUUUGCAAAAACCUAAAUUAACUUGUGUGAUCCAUCCAUUUGGUUCGUUUAUUUAAGUGCAUCAUUAAAGAUUUAAUCCAUAAACUUUCACACUUUUUGGUUUUUAGAAGGAUUAAAUUGAACUUUUUGAAGCUGUACAAAUUCCUGCAAUAAUCAUUUUUACCCUGAAACAGAAUACGACUGCAGUUUAUUGAGGAUUUGAGAUGAACUUUUCUUCCUGAAAUGAUUCGGUCUCUUUGUUUACACACUUCGUUGACUGCUUUGAAUCUCUUUUUCAUCUUUACAAUCAAACUGUUGAACCGGCACUCACUUUUUGAACAACAACAAGUUCAGAAACCAGACAUAAAAACACACAUUUCCUUUUUGCGAACAUUUAUUGUUGGUUGGUUUUGGAGGUGAGAGGAAAAACUGUUAACACCUGCAAAAAGAAGAAGCUGAACUGCCAUCUGAUGCAAAGAAAACGUGGAUAUUUUGCACUAAAGCGACACAAACUGUGGAUCGUCCUCUGUGGCUGUUUCAUUACUAAUCUGAUGUGUUCAGUGUGAUCCAGGGCACCGACUCUAAUCUACUGUAACUGUUCUGAUUGCACUGAAAGCACAAGAUCUGCUCCUCCUUCUCUUCCUCCUCUUGUGUUCAGGUUUUCCAAAAUAAAAGUGCUAUUUUAUUUUGAAGGGGGAAGACAAUGUAGCUCCAACACAAAGAUGUCGCCGUGUGUUUCUGUUCACGGAGGAAAACUGUGACGUGAAGAUGUGAUAAAGUUUCUGCAGGACAAGAUUUCUGCACUUUGUUUCACCGACGUUUGUUUCGUCUUUCCAGUGUCGAAGUGUGUGAAUCUGCAUGUUUAGUUCAGAAAAACACUGGAAAACUGAAAAACUUCGGGUUUUCCAGCUAGCAUACUUCAAUAAAAACUACAAUAGUUUAA